AUGAAGCUCACAGUAAUUGCUUUGCCAAAUUCUGGAGCUCUGAAGUUGGAUGCGUGGAAUCAACUUGCCUCUGAAGAAGGUUUGGCGAAGAAGUUUGGAAUCUCAAAUCGACUUUUUGAUUUGGCAGCUUUCAGGAAUUUCUAUCAGGAAGGGCACUCAAGUAAAAAUAAAAAGGCUAAAAAUUGCAUUGCAGCCGGAUCACUUGUAUCUUUGCUGAACCAAAUGGUUUCAUUGUUGAAAACAAAAAGAAUUGUUCAAGCUACAAGAACAAAUGACAAGCAUCAGCUGAAUUCAAUUGAAAAACAACUUCCGCAAUUAGGAGCUCGAGUGCAAGAACAAUUGUUGCAACUGCCUCUGCCUUCUGCUUCUCCUCCAGCGCAAAUUGUACAUGAGCAAGUGCAACAAAAGUCACUGAACUCUACCUCUCUUGCACCACAAGCAUUACGUGAACAAUUGCAGCAAAAGUCACUGGAUUCUACCACUCGUCCUUCUGCCGAAAAAAGAAAAAUAGGAAAAACUUUGAUGCCAAGUGUUCAUGGUAGGAAAGAGCGCAAGCUAAUUGUGGUAAACGAGAACAAUCAACCCAUUGGUCCUAGUGAUAAUGAUUUAGCAGAGUUGGGUAGCUUCCUCGGCACAUUGGCAAGGAAUGCGGCGUUUUGUCCUCUUAAUGUGUUUAAUUGGAGGAAACUUCAAACAAAAGAAGAUAUGUGGAAAUAUAUCAAGGGAAAAUAUGACAUUCCUGAUGCUUCAAAAAACUGGGUUUUUGAAUCAAUUCAAAAUGCUUGGAGAAAGUAUAAGAUUCAAUUAUUUAACGACCAUUAUAAACCCUAUGAGAAUGACGAGCUACGAAUGGAGAAAAGGCCAGUUGAUGUUCCUGAAUCUCAAUUUAGGGAUCUUCUUAAUUAUUGGAACUCUGAUGCCUACAAGGUAAAACUAAGUACUAUCCCAUGA